UUUGCACGUGCUAACGGAUACAAAUGUACGGUAAAAAGCAAAAACCGCCCAAAAGAAAGCCACAACAAAAUUCAAAUACAUUUUUCAAACAACAGUUGUAGUUGUAGUGAGUGUGAGAUGCUGUUCAAAAAAUAAUCAAACCAAUUACAAAUUUGAAAAAUAUUAAAAAAAAAUUUAAAAAAAAUUGAAAUAAAAUUCCAAAUACUAGAAAAAAAUUUGAAAACAAAAUAUUCCAAGAAUUUCAACUCAAAUCAAGCAAUAGAAAAAUUAAAUACAGAAAAAUAAUUUACAAAGCAUUAACGAAAACCGAUUAAAAAUUCAAUUUGAAAAUCCCCAGUGCUGCUGCUGUGUGUCUCUAUGUCUGAGUGUGUGUGAAAUUAGUCCUUGCCUUAAAGGAGAUAUUAAAUUCAACAGAAGGUUGGUUAUUUUGAAAGUGAAAGUUUUAGUUACUGCUAAAUAUAGAAGGAAAGAAAAAACGAAAGAAAAAAUAUAGAAACCAAAACUUCCAACCACACACGCAUAUCCGCUGUCACAGGAAGCAGAAAGUGAACGAGAAGAACUUGGAGAAAACACCUAACGAAAAGAAGUAUUUUCUUCACACAUAAAUGGAAAAAGGAAACAAAUUAAGAUACACUGAGUGCGGAAUGUAAAGUGAAUAAGCCCGGGAUUAAGAUACUCAGCUUGUAUUGAUUAAAAGCAAACAAGAAGCUGAACAGGGAAAACGAGCAAACAAAAACUAAAAACAACAGCAACAGGAGCAGAAGCAACAACAAUCACAAUCUUGUAUGGUAUUGAACAAUAAAUCUAUAUUCUCUUCGACCAGUUGUAUCAGUUCGUAUUUGGGUGUGCCUGGCUGUUAUUUGUAGUGGAAAUGUAUUGCAAGGAUAUCAGCAGGACCUUAACAUGAAAAUGAGUACAGAAAUUGUACAUGGUUUCAAAGAUAUGCACUGAGGGAGGGGAAGAAGAGCAAUGAGAAAAGAACCCAACACGAAGGGAAAAAUUGGAAAAAGUUCAUAUCCUCUUGAUGCGGGAAAUCUAGCCAGACUUAAGCGGAAUCUCAGUACAGCAUCGACGUAGAAGGCAACAGUCAACGACCAGGAAAAUAUUUUUCUACUCCGCCCUUCCUUCCUCCGCUUUCUUUUCCUAACCCUUAGCGAAAAAAUAGAAACUACCCUAGAAUUGAACAUUUCAUGGAGGACUUUUUCGUAGAGCACUUGUUACCCGGACUUUUGGUGAGUCAGUGAGCCAAUGUGUUGCAACAUGGUGCCACAUACUUCCAUGUCGUCUUCGCCGUCGUUGUUUGUCUUCCACCCAAAGACAAAUAUAAGAACUUGAGAAUCAAUAAAAACCAAAUGUUACUGCAGCAAAACUGAAACAAAAAGCCGAACACCGAGCGAAUAAAAACAAUAAUAAAAACCAAAUGAAGAAACAACAACAAAAACAGCAGCAAAGCGAGCUAGCGAGGAGGAAAAUAUAACAAACAGCGUUGAAAUAUCUGGCUCCGGGAGCAGACAACCAUUCAACACCCAUAAUAGCUGUAGACAUUGGCAAAUAAAAGUUGUGACAAUUGUUUGUCCCACUUCCUCCUCUCCCAAAGAUAAUGAUAAACGAAUGUCGCAGCUAUUUCGCAACGAAAUCGAGAACAUUUACAACAAUGCCGGCCCAGCUGCAGCUGCUUCAUCUUGGUCACAAAGAAACAGCGAAUUGGUAUAAGAAACAACAAGAACAACAACAAGACUGUGGCUAUGAGAUGAUGUAUACCGAAUUUAUGGCAGAUCGAAGGAUGACAUCAACACCAAGGACCACAUGAGUUAUCUACACUUCAGCAGCAGCAAGAGCAAGGCUUAACCAAGAGUGUUGUGGAAUCCCAUAAAUAACAACAACAACAACACCCGUGGCCACAAACAGCUGUAGCAACUUCCCCCUUUUUCUCUGCUCAACAGAAAACCAAAGAAACAGCGCCGAAAAAAUAACCAAAAUACCGCAAUCCUUCCAAACUAUUACCCAAAAACGUGGUUGUGGUCCCCUCCAGAAGACAAGCAGAGACUUGAAACCACGAAGCAGUAGCAGCAUUAUUUUUGUAGACUAGUUUUGUUUUUAUUGCCUGGUAAAUUUCUUCUUCACAAUGACUUCCAUGGAGGAUACCAAUUCAACAACAUCCGGCAAUCUUAUCGACAACACAUCAUCAUCGUCAUCAGCCUCAUUCUCACAGGAUGACUAUUUCCGGUUGUACGAUGCCAGUCUGGAUGAUGGCGAGGAUGAUGCUGCUGAUGGUGGCAAUAGGUUAGGUAGCCUAAUUGUGGGCAUUUGGAAUCCCGCCAAUAAUCAAAGCAAUACAACGACAACUUCCCUACUGGAUGGACUGGUGGACAUCGAUGAUGAAGCUGCUGCUGCUGGCAUAACAACCCUAAUCUCUUCCAAUUGGUCCAGUACAUCAGCCUCAGCUCUACUCUCAGCACCUGCCACUCUAUCAUCUGCCUCAUCGACCAUGGCUUUAAAUAAUCCCCCACUAACGUCCAACACCACCAGCCUUGACUAUGAUAGUUUGAUAGUCUCUUCACCAGCAUCCUCAGCGGCAGCGGCAACUGCCAGCAGUACCUUUAGCACGUUAUUCAGCUCACCUGCUUCGGAAUAUGGCAAUAGUCAAAAUGUGACGACAAAUGCCACCAGCACUGGCAUAGACUGGCUGGUUGGGGAAUCAUUUGAUGGCUCAGUGCUCUAUGAAGCCAAUGACACCUCAUUGAAUGUGUUGCACUCAAAUCUGGUGGCUCAACUGGCCUCCUCGCCAGCGGUGGUAUUGGCUUCUCCCACAACGGUCAGUGACACUUCCGCCAACUCCGUGGCAACUGGCGCCUCUGAACUCAGUAAUAAUUAUGGCGAUGGUGAUAUAGCUUUGAUCGAUAGUGCGGAAACUUUGCUGGCCGGUGAGACUGAUUAUGACAUUGUAAGUUUUAAUGGUGGCGGCGGCGGUGGUGCCGCUGAUGCCGGUGGCUAUGAAUUGGUUGAUUUAAUUAACCCAUAUAAUGAGACAGCGGCCAGCAGUACCUCGGCCACGGCAACCUCAGCAACAACAUCAACAUCCACCUCAAUUCUGCAUCAUAUCAUUGGAACAGCCAGUGGCCGGGUGAAAAGCGGCAGUGGUAGUAAAUCACCCAGUAAUGGUGUCGCCAGCAAUGGCGUCGGCGGCAGUGGCAGCAGUAGCAUUCUUCGAACCGAUUCCGAUAACGAUGGGGGCAGCAGUUUUAUGUUACUCCUUGAAAAUUUCGGUGAUUAUUUUUACAACUACAAUGGCACUAUGGUUUCGGGCACAACAACAACACCCAGCACAUCGUUAACCAACAUUCCCAACAAUUUUAGUAGCUAUGAAUAUCGGCCGAACUGUAGCAGUUUUCUUGGCGGCAAUUUAACCAAUAAUCUAUCAUCACUGUGUUACGAAGGUCCAACUGAAGUUACCCGAAAUUAUUGGGCACUCAUAUUAAUAGUUUUUCCAAUUUUCACAUUAUUUGGCAAUAUAUUAGUGAUAAUGUCUGUGUUUCGUGAACGUUCCUUACAAACGGUUACAAAUUAUUUCAUCGUUUCACUGGCAAUAGCGGAUCUGUUGGUAGCUGUAGUUGUGAUGCCAUUCGCCGUCUACGCUCUGGUAAACGUUACAUGGGGCUUACCAUAUUUUGCGUGUGAUUUUUAUAUAGCCAUGGAUGUGAUAUGUUCCACUUCAUCGAUUUUUAAUUUAGUUGCAAUAUCAGUAGACAGAUAUAUCGCUGUGACACAACCAAUAAAAUAUGCCAAGCAUCGGAACAGUCGACGUGUCUGCUUAACCAUUGUCAUGGUAUGGGCGAUAUCAGCAGCCAUUGGUUCUCCCAUAGUCUUAGGUCUCAACAAUACACCGGAUCGUGAUCCCAGUCUCUGUAUGUUCUACAAUACGGAUUUUAUAGUUUACUCAUCGCUAAGCUCAUUCUAUAUACCCUGCAUAAUAAUGGUGUUUUUGUACUGGAACAUAUUCAUGGCCUUGCGAAGUCGUGCCCGUAAACAGCGUGCAGCACGAAAGCCUCAUCUUUCAGAACUGACAGGCGGAAGUGUCAUUGAGAAUAUCGCACAAACACGGAGAUUAGCGGAAACUGCGCUGGAUAGCAGUCGACAGGGUGUACGUAUAAUGCCCGAUGAGCCGGCAACGAAUACAGGAUCUGGGUCAAACGAGGAGGAGGAUGAAAACGCCAUAUCACCAGACAUUGAUGAUUGCCAUGUAAUUGUCAACGAUAAAUCCACCGAAUUUAUGCUGGCCACCGUGGUGGAGGAGACGGGCAAUGUGGUGGCCCAAAUUACAACCCAGCCGCAUCUAAUGGUAGCGGAUUCAAAUGGUAAUCAUGAUUCUGGUUAUGCACCAUCAAACGUUGACGAUGUCCUUACAGGAAUUGCUGAAGACUCAUCACCACCUGACAGUCCGGUAGCCAGUGGGACGACCCUGCAACGAUCGGCUAUUAGCAGUAGGCGUAAUACAGGCGAUGUAUCACCCAAACGGGAGCAUGCCUUAAGUGCUGCCAUAAAACCAUUAUCGUUUAUGCGAUACGGAGUACAGGAAGCCAUGACACUGGCACGCAACGAUUCCACCCUAUCGUCAACAUCGAAAACAUCCUCUCGCAAGGAUAAGAAAAACAUUCAAGCAUCCAGAUUUACGAUAUACAAAGUCCACAAGGCAUCCAAAAAGAAACGUGAAAAGACCUCAGCGAAAAAGGAAAGGAAAGCAACAAAAACACUGGCAAUUGUUUUGGGUGUUUUCCUGUUUUGUUGGCUGCCAUUCUUCUCGUGUAACAUUCUGGAUGCCAUGUGUUCAAAAUUCGACAAAGACUGUAAUCCUGGCGUUACAGCCUUCAUAUUCACCACCUGGCUGGGUUACAUCAAUAGCUUUGUAAAUCCCAUCAUCUACACGAUAUUCAAUCCUGAGUUUCGUAAAGCUUUUAAGAAGAUCAUGCAUAUAGGGUGAUUAAAAUUAGAGACGCUGGUUGAAGAUACCUGGAGACAAGCGGAAUCAAAACAAGUAAAAGGCAACUGCUACACCACCACCACGAAUCAAAGAGACUUUGGGAAACAAAGCCAGAACAAAUGUUAUCAUCAUUUUCAUUAUGAUCCUCAUUCCCCAACUCAUCAUCAUCAUCCCAAUCUCCACCAUAUCACAUUGAUGAGGAUUAUUACGACCAUGGUAUUAUAUUAAGGUAUAUAUCUGCUCUUCAUUUAGUUAUUUAGAAAAGAAGAAAACAAAAAAAAAUGCCAUAUUUCGUUUUUUUAUUACCUUGGGUGCUCUCUCGCUUGCCCAGACGAAAAAAAAACACACACAGAUAUAGGAAAACAGAAAAUAAGCAACUGAAACACAAAAUUAACAACCACAACAACAACACAAAUUACAAAUGAAACAAAUAUGAUAGUAAAACAUGCAAAGGUGUACAUAUAAUUUAUAAAAUUAGUGUAUCAUGAUUGCAUUUAGUUUUGUAUAGGCCGGGCUUAUGUGGGAGGAAGGGCAGGAAAAGAAAGGAAAUGCUGUUGGACUUACAGGCAUUGCAAUAAAAAAUUGUUCCAAAGCCAAAUUUCCGACCACAAAAGAGGAGAGGAGAAGAAGUAGAAGCAGGAGGUGAAUAUAUGUCGAAGUCGUCCAUAGACUUACAAAGUUUUGUGUGCCAAACGAGAAGAAGAAGAAGUAGUAGAAGAAGAAGAAUGUAAUGUUCAAAAUAUAAAUCAUUUCUAGAUAACACAGAGAUACAAGGCAGAGCAAAGAUAUUGGAAUCUUUUGUUGUAAGCAUAUUUGUAACUAAGUAGCAUAAAUGUAAUAAUACUAACUAGGUAUAUCACACAUAGACAUACACACAAGACAUAUACAUAUAUAUAGAACUACAUAUACCUACUACCACUACAUAUAAAUAUAUAAAUAUGGAAAGAGAAUGAAAUGAAUGAAGGAGAAAUCAAUAGAUUUAGCAAAAUUGUAUAGCAAUAUUACAACCGAAACAAUACAUACUCAAUAUUCUUCUUGUUAUUAUGAUUACGACUAUUAUUAUUGUGUACUUAUAUGUUAUGUUCUAGUUAGCAAAGCCAGCAACAACAACAACAACAACAACAACAACAGCAAUAAGAAUAUAUUAUGUAAUAUUUGUCGUUUUAUUGUUGAUUGCAUUGAAUCAAUUUUGUUAUUAAAUCAUGUCGCUCGGCUUCGUUGGUAUUCGGUUGUACAUGGCAACGUAUGAUUAAUGUGGCUUUCGACUUUUACAACUUGAUUAUGUUCAUCAUACGACCAGGUGGCAGGGUAUUAUUGGAAAAGCAUGUAUGUACAAAUUUGCAAAUGUUAUUUCAUACAAAUCGAAUUUCUUGUGAAUUAAGAUUGAAGGUAUUAUCAGGUUAGGUUUUGUGAUGGGGGAGGGAAAAGGGACAGAGGCAUAUAUAUGUAAACAUACUGAUGACUGAUUCAGAUCGUUGCUUACUACUGGAGUAAUGAACUCUUGUUUGUGGGUAAAACUUGUUGAUUUUAGAGGUAUGCAACCUUAAUAUUUAUUACAAUAAAUAUCCAUUUUCUCAGAAAUAACUAAAAGAAAACUCAAUAAAAACGUCAUCAUUCGGAAUAACCUCAC